AUGGCAAAUCAUCGAGCAUUGAUCACCUUCUGGUCCUCCCCGGCGUGUUCCUUCGGUUUGCACCAUGGAAGAGAAAUACUGCUCAGACCCACCGCCUACAUGGCGAACCGUCUGCUUCUUCAGAGGCGCCAGAAAGCUGCGAUAUCCACCGCCAAUCACGUAGGGAAAAAACCAGAUCGAUCUCUUUCAAAAAUUUCUGCAACUCUCAUUUCUACGAAAACUGGAGUCAAUGAUUCAGAUACAGUGGUGAUUUCCAAGCUUUGUGCAGUGAUGGAAGCUGUUGCCGACAGAGUGGAGUCUCACAAGAACAUAGGAGAGCAGCGGGACAACUGGAACUACCUCCUUCUCACCUCCAUCAACGCACUCACCCUCACUGCCACAACCAUUCUGGGAAUUGCAUCCUCCGGCGCAACCGGACCGCCCCUCGUGGCGCUUCGGUCGUCUUCCACGCUCAUGUUUGCUGCUGCUCUCGGGCUGUUGGCGGUGAUGAACGCCAUCCAACCCUCCCAACUCGCCGAAGAACAGCGAAACGCCGCGAGGCUGCUCACGCACCUGCAUCGACAAAUCCUAACCAUGGUGUUGCUUCGCGCUCCCACCGCCGCGGACUUGGAGGACGUGGUGGAGAGAGUUCUGGCCAUCGACAGGGCGUACCCUCUUCCCCUUCUCGGAGCAAUGCUUGAAAAGUUCCCGAAAACUAUGGAACCGGCGGUGUGGUGGCCGCCGCACCGGCAAAACCUUAACAAAAAUGAAACGAAAGUGGACAAAAACGGUUGGAGUGAAGAGUUGGAAGAGGAAAUGAAAGCGGUUCUUGAGGUUUUGAAAACUAAGGACAGCGCAGAUUACAUGGUGUUGGGUUCAAGAGCGCUUCUACUUCACAAGGUGUUGGCCAUUUCGGGGCCUGUGCUGACCGGCGUUGCGACGUUUGGGUCUGCUUUGGCGUCUCCUUUGGGGGUGGUGGCCGGAGCUUUGGCGAGCGCGGUGAACGCGGUGGAGCACGGGGGGCAAGUGGGGAUGGUGUUUGAGUUGUACCGGAGCACGGCCGGGUUCUUUAGGCUGAUGGAGGAGAUGAUAGAGUGGAAUGUUAACGAGGGAGACGUGGGGAGGAGGGAGAAUGGAGAGGUGUUUGAGAUGAAGGUGGCCGUGCAGCUGGGGAGGAGCGUGUCGGAGCUCCGGCAGCUGGCAUCUUCUUUCUCUUCCUCGUCGAGAAACGGGGAACCCUUUGAAGAGUGCGCCAGCAAGUUAUUUUGA